ACAACGUCUUAGACUCGAUCAUUUGGCAUCGCAAGUAAACCACAGCAGGUCGUAAAACGUUUUGUAGAAUCUUUUUCCGAGCGCAAUUCGUUCUCCAAGCAGUGAGUCGUUUCUUAUUACAUUCCCACAUUUCUCUUUAACACAAAAUCUUUGAAUAACAACAACAAAAAUGAAUCGAGAAGAAAUAAAAGCAAGAAAACCAGUGGGACAUGUGAGACGAAGAAGACCUUUCAGGAAUGGCAUUCGUAUACCAGCUCCCAUACAGCCAGCUCCAGUGUUCUUUCCCAAAGGAGUGAUAGCAGAACAUGGCCAAAAACAGGUUGCUGAAAUGAAAAAUAAGGGCGAAAAGGAAAAGAAAGAGAUGCAAGCUUUAAAUAUAAAACUUACCACCUUUCUUCAAAAUAUACGUUACUUAGAAGCUGAAAACAAACAUCUGAAAAAUAACUUGAGUGCUGAGAAGGACUUUAAAUGUGAUAAAAUCAAGAUCUUAUACGAAGAUCGACUGAAGGAGUUGGAAACACUUCUAAAAGACAAAGAUGUGGAACUUGCAGCUACAAAGUCCAAAAAUGAAUCGCUUGAAGAAGAAGUUGAAGAUUUGAAAGAACAAUUAACACAAGUAAAGGACGAGAAAGACAGAGUGCAAGCGGAAAUCGAUGGAUUACACGAUGAAGUUGCCCAACGCAUUGCAGAGAGCGAAACCAACAGAAGGAGGGCAAGCGAACUUCAGAAGCAAGUUGAUGACUUGAAGGCCAGAAAUAGCAUAGUGGUGAAUCAACUGAGUAAACUUAGAGAGGAACUAGAAAUGGAAACUAGUGAGAGAUUGGAAUUAUCAGACUGUGCCGCGAAGCUGGAAGACGAACUUUCUUUCAAUUAUGAUAUCCAUGAUGCCGAGGUCAAGGAAUUGAACGCGAUGAUAUCAAAAUUGAAGAAGAUACCCGAUUUCGAUGAAACACAGAAGACCGAAAUUGGAAAUAUAGUUGCUGAUUUAAGCGCUCAGUAUGAGGACAAGUUGAGAAAAGCUACUGCUGACAUGGAAAGAAGAUACGCGGGACAGUUACAGUUAGAGAAGGCAAAAGCCAAGCCCAAAGAAGAUUUUAUAGACCCAAGGAAGAGAAGAGAUUUGGGUAAAAUAAGCGAACUUGAAACUCAGAUAGCAGAUAUGAAACGUAAAAUUACUGAACUGGAAUUUCAACGGGAUGAGGCCGAAAACGGACGAGAAUCCGACGCUGCGAGUUACGAGGACGAGAUUGCUCGCUUGCGUAGAGAGUUCGAGGAUGUGUUCAAGGACUUCGAAGAGCUGGCAAAUGCUAAGAACUUCACAGGGAUGGAGGUGGCAGCAAUGCUUGCACAACUUAAAGACGUAGAUAGCAGUGAGAGUUCGAAACCGGUUGAUGGACCUCAAACAGAAGGUGAGUCGGCACCUGGACCUCAAACAGAGGGUGAGUCGGCACCUGGACCUCAAACAAAAGGUGAGUCGGCACCUGGACAUCAAACAGAAGGUGAGUCGGCACCUGGACCUCAAACAGAGGGUGAGUCGGCACCUGGACCUAAAACAGAAGGUGAGUCGGCACCUGGACAUCAAACAAAAGAGAAAGAGACCAUGAGCCGCCCUACAGAAGACUCUGUGAAAAUCCUUGAAGUAGGACCCGAUGGAAAAUACAUUCAACUUGAAGACCAUGCUAAGUUCCCAAUGGGUGCAACAAACAUGAAGAACUGGACAUUGACGCAAACCCUUGACAAUGGCAAGAGCCACACCCAUAUAUUUACCAAUGGUAACGUGUUUGGUGCUAGCAAAAUUGUCAAAAUUUGGGGAUCAAAACACGGUGCUGGGCAAGAUGGAAUCACAUCUUCUGAGGUCACUGAAUGGGAUACAUCAAAAUCGACAAUUUCUUUGAAAGACAACGAAAAUAUGGAACAUGAUGUCCUUGUUAAAUAAUCGCAUGAAAAACGUGAAAAUGUCUCAGCAGAGAAAAUCCAUUUUUGUUGCAGUUAGCACCAAUUUUCAGAAAGUUUCCUUUUUGACCAUUAUAGUAACAAUUUCGGUAAUAAUUUCAGUUAAAAUACUAAUUCUAAAGUAAGCCUUUUCUGUUUUUAAUGUCUUUUUAUGAUUCGCUAACAUUUAAGAUGAUUAUAAGAAAUGAGAGUAAAUCCAUUUUGUAAUACAAUAUAUUUUACAACAUUGGGAUCUUUUCGGUUUGACCGGCAGUUUUUUCUAGCGGGGUCAUAUGAAAUUGUCACCCAUAAUUAUGACCCUAGUAUCAAUCUAUUGCAUUUCAAUCUGU